AUGAACUACAAAGUACUACUUAGAAUUGGAGGUUUAGUGACGUAUGUGGAAUCUAAUGUAUAUAUUGAAGAUCUCUUAUCUAUUAUAGGCUUUACAAAACAGAUAGAGCGAAACGACUGCUUAUUACAUAGCGUUUUUUCAUCAAUGGUUAAGUGCACCUUCGUAUAUAAUCAUGGAUUUCCAGAUUAUUCAGUAGAAUUUAGUGAUGAUAUAUGCAUAACAGAAAAAGUCCAUUUUUUUUUAAAAGAUUCAAGUACACUGAUAGAUAUUGAGUAUCUUGAAGCAAGUAAGGAUAUCUCAACCCUAUUAGCUUCACGUUGUGCUACAAAGAUGUCGGAGUGUAUUUUUAGAUCAAUAAACUAUAGUGGAACCACUAGUUCAAUAUUGGAACCAAGUGUUUUUAUUGCAUUUAACACAAAUGGAAUAUUUGGAAAUACAAAUGGGACUUUUUGUGAAAAGACUUUGGCAAAAGAUAUGCUAGAUAUAGAUUUAAUUGUAUCUUUUUUUAUGUUUAUAUUUAAUAGAUCCCAAUUAUUCUUAAUUGGAAUAAGUACGGGUGCUUUUUUGACAAUUGCCUAUGCUAGCGGAUGUCCAGAAAUAAGUCAUUCAAAUAUACUUGAUCAUUCAAAAUCAAUUAAAUUAGAAGGAAUUUAUCCACAUCCCAAACUUUGUGGUAUUAUAUUAAUGGCUUGUGUAGAUGAUAUACCUUCCAGCUACUCUAUUGACUUUAAUGAACAACAGAUUUGUGAUUUUCGGCUUCAUGGUCAUUGUUCUCUACUAACAAGUAUUCCAAUAGUAAAUGAUGAAAUCUUUAAUAUUAAAGUUGCAAACAAUGGUGAGAAAAGGUCUAUAAAGUUGUUAAGAAAGUAUCUAGAUUCUUAUUCUUUAUUUCCAAGAUAUGAGCAACUGGGGAAGAAAGUCCAAGUUCCUACCUUACUAAUUCAUGGCACAGAUGACAAGUAUGUACCUUACAAUAUGGCUUUAAAUCUCAUUCAACUUAAUGAAGAUGUUUCCAAUGGAAAAAUGACAUAUGACUAUUUUUAUCAUAGUUUCUUACUAUCGCGUACUCCCGAAGAGAUGAGAAGCUAUCUAAAUAUAAAUGAGUAUAUAGAUAGAAUUAAGAAACAUUUACAAGAGAUAAAGGAAAAAAGUAAUCUAUUAAAAUUAUAUACAAUUAAUGGAGCAAAUCAUUUACUAACUAAUACAAAGCAUAUGAUGAUGGCUCAAAAAGUAUCUAGACUUUUUAUAGAUGAGAUACUAUACAGUAAAAAUAUAUUAAAUCUAUUAGAUUAUCAACAAUAA